GUAGCACAUAAUUUAGUCAUGUCUUUUUCUGUUUCAGAGCUAAGCUUAGGUAUGUGUGUCUGUUUCCCUUCUGACUAGGUCUUUUAAAUGAACAUUUUUGAUGUUGAAAUUAAUGGUUUUCCUCUUUAUUGAACUUGGAAUGUGUUUUCUUGGAUAAUUAUGUUGUUUGGGGUUGUGGGUUUCUCUGUUAUGAUAAUAGUUUCAAUAUAUUUUGAGUUCUUGAUUAUUACUUAUUUCUUCAUUUUUCAAUUUCCACUGUUUUUUUUUUUUUUGCAUGCUUUGGAGUUUUCUGUAUUGUUUCUAAUGUUGUUGAACUAUAAAUUUUGUGAAUAUGAUCUAAAGUUGCUUUAAUAUGAUUGAAUGAAGAUUGUCAAAUACACAACAAUGAGUGUCUUGUGAAGUAGCUAAACUCUUUUUUGUUUGUUUGAGUUUGGUGGAUUUGCUAGACUUUUAAAGAAUGGAUAUUGUUAGCAUGGAUGAUGCUGAGCCAGAAAAUGUGUUCUCAGAUUGGCAAUUCAGUGGUAGUAAUCUGAUAAAUGCAUCUAACCGAAUUAUCGAUUCGUUCUGUGUUAGUGUUUGGGAUAAUCCUAUAAGUUCAUCAAACUUAGGCUUAUGUGGUACUAAUAUUCCAAUGAAUCCUGGUGCUGCAAUUGUGUUGGAUCCUCCGGGAGCUGGUGUUAGUAGAAUGGUUGCUAUGGAUUGGACUCAAUCAAAUGCUAUGUCGAAAGGAGGUACGUUUAGUAUGGUUCCUCAAAGCUUAACUCAAUUGACAGCUGAUUCAGGUUUUAUUGAGAGAGUUACAAGAUUUUCAUGCUUCAGUGGAGAGAAAGUUGGUGAUAUGAUGAACCCCUUUGCUAUUCCUAAUUCUUCUAAUACGUAUCACAACGGACUGAUCUUCGGAGAAUCACAAGAUGUAUUCGAUUCGCCUUCUACUGCAAUCAGUCAAAAGAAACAGAUGAGAAAUGCUGUUGAAAGUUCUGAUCAGGAUGUUUCUUUACCUCUUGAAUAUGAACACACAGAUAGAAGCCCCCUCAAGAUUGAUAAAAAUGUAAACUUUGUUAAGUCUCAGGAUGAAGCAAAGGAAUGUGUUGGCAUCUCUGAAAAUGAGUCUGAAUGUAGUGGACAUCAAGAAGAAGUGGAGGGUGGGUAUUCUUCUGCUAGGUGCCUUGGUUCAAGGAAAAGGAAAAGAAGUGGUCAGGAUGCAGAAUUUGAUCAAAUGAAUGGAGCACAACAACAACCAGCUGAACUGGCAAAAGAGCAAAACUUGAAUUCCAUUGCCUGCAGGCCUGGUGGAAAGAAUGAGGAUCCACCGAAAGAAGGCUACAUACAUAUCCGAGCUCGAAGAGGCCAGGCAACAAACAGCCAUAGUCUUGCAGAAAGACUAAGGAGGGAGAAGAUCAGCGAACGGAUGAAAUUUCUUCAGGAUCUUGUACCUGGUUGCAACAAGGUCACAGGGAAAGCAGUAAUGCUUGAUGAAAUCAUUAAUUAUGUACAAUCUCUUCAAAGACAGGUUGAGUUCCUCUCAAUGAAGCUUGCAACUAUAAACCAGCGGUUGGAUUUUAAUAUUGAUGCGCUCCUUGCGAAAGAUAUUCUUCAUUCACGAGCGGGUCCUUCAUCCUCACUUGAUUUUGCACCUGAUCUUAUAGUGCCGUAUCAGUCCUCACAUCAACUGCAACCAGGCCUGGUUCAUUCAGGUCUUCCUGGUUCAGGAAACUCCAUCGAUACAUUUCUUAAAUCUAUCUAUCCUUUUUUAGCUGUUACGAGUGGUGGCUACAAAGAGCGUUCAUCGCAGGUAGCUCUGAACUCUGAACAUUAUUCAUUUCAUGUAGUGAACUGUGAAUGUUUCUUGACUUGCUAAUUGUGUUCAGUUACCUAAUGAUGAGCUACAUAAUGUUGUCGAGAUGGGUCUCUGCACGAGUGCACCCCUGCAUAUUCGUGAAGGUUCUUUGCCAUCAGGCCAGAUGAAAGAAGAACCCUGAACUUGUUGUAGAUAUUAACUGCUUAACACUUCCUGUUUGUUGGGUAUAAGGAACAUUUGGGAAGACGUCACAAGGCGCUCCAUAUGAAGAAGUUCCUACUAUUAUUUGUACAGCUAAUACUCGAAGAUGGUGUUUAUGGUGCACGUGACCUCCUCCUAUUCGCGAGUGCUAUAUAAUUUGGCUACCAAAGAAGUAAAACUUGUAUCAGGAGAUACAUUUUCAUGAACAAUAUCAAACGAGGGUUCGAGGAAAGUAUUGCAUUAUCCAGACAUAUAUGCAAAGCAAAAUAGGUAUUGCAGUUUGGUCUCAAGUCUUGAACCAGUACUCAUGUACUUAUUAAUUCUGUCUCAUCUUAUGUGAUGUACUUUAACUGAACACGACGUGUAAUAGAACUCUUCAAAAAUGUUGAUGGAUGCUUGAAGAACCCAACAUGUAUGCAACAACAUUAUAGUUUUGAA